AGUUCGUUGAGCAGGACACAAUCUUCAGUUUGAAGCUUCUCCAGUUUUUCUGAAAAGGGACUAAAUAAUUGCAGUCAUGGAUUCCUCCAGCAGUCUCCUGUCUGAAGAUCAGCUCCUGUGCUCCAUCUGUCUGGAUGUGUUCACUGAUCCAGUCUCUACUCCAUGUGGACACAACUUCUGUAAGGUCUGUCUCAAAGAGUGCUGGGACAGCAGUUCACGCUGCCAGUGUCCAGUUUGUAAGAUUAAUUUUUCCAAAAGACCUGAGCUGCAUGUGAAUACGUUCAUCUCUGAACUGGCUGCUUUGUUCAAGAAGUCAGUUCAGAUUAAUCUCAGAAGAACCCCAGAACAACCUUUCAGCUCUCAGGUGCUCUGUGACAUCUGCAGUGAAGAGAGGAAUCCAGCUUUGAAGUCCUGUCUGAACUGUAUGACCUCUUACUGCAAGACUCAUCUGGAGCCUCAUCAGAGAGUUUCUGCCUUUAAAACCCACAAAAUUAUUAACCCCGUGGAGAACCUGAAGGACUACAUCUGCCAGAAACAUGAGAGACCCCUGGAACUGUUCUGUAAAGUUGACCAGACGAGUGUGUGUCAAUUCUGUGCUGAGUCAGUCCAUAAGACUCACAGCACGGUUCCUAUAGAGGAGGAGAGUGGACAGAAGAAGACUCAGGUGGUUAAGACACAGGCAGAUGUUCAGCAGAUGAUCCAGAACCGACUGAAGAAGAUUGAGGAACUCAAACACUCUGUAAAACUCAAUAAAAAAAUCACAGAGAAGGAGAAAGCAGACAGUGUGGAGGUCUUCAGAGCUCUGCUGCGCUGCAUUGAGAGAAGCCAGGCGGAGCUGCUUGAGGUGAUGGAGGAGAAGCAGAAAGCAGCAGAGAGGCAGGCUGAAGAGUUCAUUAAAGAGCUGGAGCAGGAAAUCACUGAGCUAAAGAGGAGAGACACUGAGCUGGAGCAGCUCUCCCACACUGAGGACCACCUCUACCUUCUACAGGUUUACCCGUCCCUCUGCAGCCCUCCACCCACCAAGAACUGGACUGAGUUCAGGAUUAACACUCAUCUGAGGGUGGAGACUCUGAGGAGAGCUCUGACUUGGCUUCGGGAAUCAAUCAGUAAGGACAUGGAGAAGUUUGUGGCGAUUGAACUAAAAGCAAUUCAACAAUAUGCAGUGGAUGUGACUCUGGAUCCUGAUACAGCAAAUCCUUAUCUCAUCCUGUCUGAUGAUGGGAAACAAGUGACACAUGGAAAAAAACGACAGAAGCUUCCUAAAAACGCAAACAGGUUUAAUCGGUGUGACUGUGUGCUGGGAAGGGAGGGGUUCUCCUCAGGGAGAUUUUACUAUGAGGUCCAGGUCAGCGGGAAGACUGAGUGGGAUUUUGGAGUGGCCAGAAGGUCUAUUAAGAGAAAGGGUGAUAUAACACUGAGUCCUGAGGAUGGAUACUGGACUGUCAGUCUGACCGAUGAAACUGAAUAUGAGGCUCUGGACUCUCAGCGUGUCCCCCUCUCCCUGAAACAGGCUCCCCAGAAGGUGGGGGUGUUUGUGGAUUAUGAGGAGGGUCUGGUCUCCUUCUAUGAUGUUGAGGCCAGGUCUCAUAUCUACUCUUUCACUCGUCAGUCUUUCACUGAGAAACUCUAUCCAUACUUCAGCCCCUGUGAUAAUGAUCGAGGUAGAAACUCGGCACCGCUGAUCAUCACACCCGUUGAUCAUCAUAAAUGAGGCUUUUACCUCCGACAAUCACUUUAUUCCAGAAUAACAACUUCUUCUGAAAAGCACCUCCAACUUUCUAGUCAUUUGUAUAGAAUGUAAAAAGCUGAUUUAUGCUACAAGGGUGUAGGUUUCACAGUAUUCAUCACUAGAAAAUGGGCAGUGUUUAUCUGUACAAACCUGCAUCUUUAUACAGCUGAGAUGUUUGUAGGUCAACCUGAGCUGAGAGGAGAUGAAGCUACUGAGUGAGAACAUCUGCUUCUUCUUACAGACAGAAUAAAGUCCCAAAUAAAUAAACCUACUAUCUCUUUCAGUACUAAGAAGACUGAACCUGAGACACGACAUUAAAAAAGAGUAAUGUUAUUAAGCAUCUACAGUCAGUUUAGAUAGUUAAUCUGCACAGAGCAGAACAGCCUGUACACUGUAUAAGAACAGCUACACUAAUGCUGUUUCUAUGAUGGACUUCUACUGAAUUUGGUAGAGAUAAUGAGAGAUUUUAGGGCAUCAUAAUAAAGCAGGUGGAGGUUCCAGCAUGGGCUUCACUUUCCUUCUGUCCUUCAAACGCUGUGGAGCUUCUGGGAGAUGCUGGAACUAGUUUGAAGGAAUGUAGAGGGAGGAAAACAGGAAAAGAAAGAAUGUGGAAAUAUCUGUUCAUCAUGAAGAGGAUCAAGGGUUUCUAGCAUCAGUGUACAUGACUUCAGUGAGUUUUACCUGAUUUAGCUCUUUUAUUUGGCUUAUUUCAGCAGUGAGGCUUGUAAAGUAUCGGUAAUGUCUUCACUGUGUUUGUAGAGCAUAAAUACAGUGAAGAGUGGUUUCCCACACAAAUCCAUGGCUAUCGGUGAUGUUUCUAUCAGAGAUUUAAUGCUGAUUCAUCAUACGCUUUUGUCUAUUUUACAUGAAUAAACAACAGAACCUGA